AUGGCGCGUGAAUACCCGGAUGACGGGCAUAUCUUUGUCUGCGUGCGCGUUCGCGACGUUGCCACGGUACCAGGCAUGGCAGUCUAUAACUCCGCCUCACGCCGCUCAACGCGGGACAACGUCCGGGACGCCCAGCGCAUUUGUGUCUCCACGCUUGAGAACUUCGUUGUGUUGCAUGACCCGAGGUCCGUCGACGACGCGUCCUGCGUGGCACGCGACGCGGAUGGCCUGGUGCAGCUUCUCACCGCCCGCUCCGGUGGAGGGAAGGCGAGCAACCUUGCGAGGCGAUACCUGACCUCAACGGCCACCGCAAGCUACUUUGAGUACGACAAGUGCCUCAACUCCAUGGAUGCGGACUCCAUGCUGCAGAUGCCGUUGGUCCGCGACAGCGACUUUAUCCGUCCCCCGGGGUACGGCACCCAGGAGGACGUGUACCUCUCCACGGCGGUGCACGCCGUGGGUGCCGCAGUGGAGGGCAUCAACUCGUGCGUUUUUGCGUACGGGCAGACGGGGAGCGGCAAGACGUUUACGUUGUUUGGCGACACCGACUGCCUUCGCCGCGACCCUGGCGUGGUGCCACGCACGAUUGACGACCUUUUCCAGCGGCUGGAGAGCAUCCGCCGCAGCUACCAGGAAGACAGCACCACGGAGUACUCCUACCGCGUCCAGCUCUCCUUCUUUGAGAUCUACCAGAAUGAGGUCUACUGCCUCUUCUCCCGCAAGGGCCCGCUGCGGGUGUCUUUUGUGCGUGACGUGGCUUCCCAGGGGGAGGCCAUGACGAUUCACGGCCUCCAGCAGCAGGCGGUGGCGUCGGCGGAGAAGGCCUACCCGCUGCUGGAGCUGGGCCUGCGCCGCCGGCAGACGGGGGAGACGGGGAUGAAUGCGCGCAGCAGCCGCAGCCACGCCGUGCUGCAGGUCCGCGUCACCCAGUGGCGCACCAACCGCAUCACGAAGGAGUCGGUGGAGUUGAAUGCGACGCUCAACCUCGUCGACCUCGCCGGCAGCGAACGGCAGAAGACGGCCAAGACAGACGGAAAAAGCCGUGACGAGGGGAUUCAAAUCAACCAGUCACUCGCCACCCUGGCGCGGGUCAUUAAUGACAUUUCACACGGGGCGAAGUACGUCAACUACCGCGAUUCGCUGCUGACGAUGGUGUUGAAAGAUAACUUGGGCGGCAACAGCAAAACAUUCAUGAUUGCCACCAUUGCCCCUGUCUCGUUUUGCUACCAGGAGUCAUGUGCUACACUGCUGUACGCGAAGGAUGUGCGUAAGAUACGUAACCGCCCCAUGGUGAACAGGACAUUCCAAACACGCUCCAACCUGCUGGAACUCAAUGCACGGCUCAGGGAGGAGAAUGAACAGCUGAAGAAUCAUGUUGAUUUACUAAUGAGAAAGUUUAACACGGACACGAGUGACGCGGCGGCCGACGCGGCAGACAAUACGAUACAGUUAGAGAAGGCCACCGGUGUGGCGCGAGGCUGCGCUGCUGCACCAUUGAAGCAGGACGCUGCUACUGCCGCAACUGAAGCCGUCAUUGCCGCCCCCGCGGUCGGCGCUGUGCCGUUGGUUGUCACGGCUCACCGAAAGUACACCAGCGUGGCUGGUAUCGGUGGCUCCUGCCUCGAGGGCGGCUGCAUCGGCGUCACAUCGCUCUCGCAGGAGGUAACGCAGUUCCGUCUCGCGGACAUGUUGCACCGUGCGCGGAGCUCAGGGGUGCAGCCGCAGCCGGGGGAUGAGGGGUGGUGCAAGCAGCAGCUGGACUACGGUGUCAUUGAGUUUGAGCUCGUUUCGCAGCGCGCGUGUGAGCAGCGAUAUUGGUUGCGGUACCUUCCAUCCGAUGGCGCGGAGCCCGCCGCAAGUGACGCAGUGGAGUGCCAGGUCAACGGCCUCAGCUUGAAGAGUGGGGGCCGCCGACAGCUGAGGCACGGCGAUGUCGUGAGUGUCUUUCUCGACAGCGUGAACGAGGGCUCAGAGCAGGACUUGUUGACAUUUCACUACGUGGACACCAGCUGUCUCUCGCGCGGCGGCGGCGGCGACGCGGACACGGGGGUCACAACAGGCGACUUGAGAAUCUCGCUUUCCCUUCCGAAUGCGCAGUCGCAGGAUAACGCGGAGUUCGAGCAGCUGCGGCGCGACAAGGCCAAGCUGCUGGAGGUGUGCCAGGAGCAAGCCCGAACGAUUGAGUAUCAAUGCCAGCGUGAGGCGGAGUCGCGGUCGCGGAUGGUCUCAAUGGCAACUGCCCACCGUCGUGAAAGGGGCCUCUCAUUCUCACCCAACCCCGUCAGGCCGCUGGACGUUGUGGAGUUGACUGGCGGCGCCGCCGCCGCAACGCCGCAGCAGGCCGGCGCGGCAGCCCGCGCCUUCUACCGUACGUCUGUUUCGCCGUCUAUUCGUUACGAGUACAGCGUUGACCCCCAACGCUUUGAGGACUGCGUCGAGGAGAACCAAUUGCUGUACAAGGACCUGCUGGGGCACAACGCCGAGUACGAGGAGCUCCAGCGCCGCCUGGCAGAGUUGGACAGGGACACGCCUCCAAAGCAAAACCCACCACCAUCGCCCCCCGUGAAGGCUGGCGCCGCGAAGAACCUCUCGGCCAGGGUGCGGUCCUCCCUCUCGGCUGUGGUGAGUGUGAGCGGCAGUGACGAGAGUGCGGGCCGAGCUGCGACACCCAUCGGUGCGAGGGCAGGGACGCAACAGGGCGCUGCCCUCGCCGCGGGCCGCGACGGUUCAGCCGAAGAGGAGGGGCCAGCCGCAGCUAAGGUGGAGGCUGCACCCACGGCGAAUGAGAUUCUGCUGAAGCACAGCAAAGAUCCCGAGUUGCAGGGGAUCGGCAGAAUGCAAAUUCAAUUGUCAACGUCCGAGGGGGUACUGGAGCGGCAUCACGCGGCAAAGCGUGAGCGGGUGCUCUGCGAGCGUAUCUUGGCCCUCGAACAGGCUCUGGAUGAUCUUCGCAAGGAUCUCAACCUUGUGGAGAGCAAGCUGCGCAUUGCGCGGGACAAGAACACAGAGCACGAGCUCGGCCGGGCGCAGAUGGAGGAUGAAAUGAAGGAGCUCGCGGAGGCCUUUUCAGACGCCACGAAGGAGAAUGCCGCUCUUCGGCAGGAUAUCAAUUCUCUGGAAACCUUACUUGGCAGCGCGGAGGAGGCACUUGCGGAGAUGAGCGCCAUUAAUGAGGCGGAGCUUGACACGCGUCUCGCACGCAUGGCGGAAGAGAUACGCGCGCUAAAGCUACUUGCCCACAUGUGGAAACGACGCGCCAUGCAGCGUCUUGCGCUCAGGUUCAGUGACGCCAAGGGCGGCGACAAGGACGACGUCGGAGGCGAGGAGGCAGGAAUCGUGAGUGGCCAAGUGCCGUGGGAUGAGCUGCGGGUCGAGAGCAACGCGGCACGAGCCAAGAAGCUUCUCGGCGAGCAUGACUCCAGCGUCGCUGCGGUGGAUGCGAUUGACCGCUUUGAAAAGGAAACCGCCUUUGAAUCCGUAGUGGCCCUUGAGAAAAUAGCGGCGGAACUUGAGAAUGAAAACCUGCGCUUCAUGGAGGAGAUCAAGGCGUACGAGGCGCAGGUGCAAGGGUACAAGGAACUCGUGGAGCGCUUGCGCGCCGAGAAGGAAGAGCUUGAGAGGGAGGAGAAGAAUGACCUGAAUCUGACGGUGGAGGAAAUGGAGCGGAUCAAGGCGCAGUACGCGGAGAAGUGCGAGGCGCUCGCCUUGGCGGAGCGGCAGUGCGCAGAGGCCGUCGAGAAGUUGCGCGCGGCGAAGCAGAAGAAGACGGCGGUGAAGAAGAAGUCCGUGAACAACGAUGACUUGCUGCUGCAGGAACAUCGGCGCGUGAUUGAGGAGCGGGAGGCGGAGUACAACAAACUCUCCGCAGCCCUCGCGUCGAAGGAGAACGAGCUACGCACGAUCCUGGCAAUUGCGCGGGACAAAGCCACGCUGGAGGACAUUGAGGGGUUUAGAGACGAGGGCGAGUUGCGGGACCGCAUCGAGGAGUUGCUUGCGACGGCCAUGGAAGGCCACGACGGAGGCAACGGGUAUUCCGUGUUCCCACCCGACUUCCAGUUCUCCGACGAGGUGACGGCGCUGAUUCGUGUCUGCCUGCGCAUCAUGAUGGAUCGCCUCAAGAUCGAGUUGUACGUCCUUAACCGCCAGAGCCUGCACAAGUUCGGUCUUCUGGUGCCUGCCGUGGAGCUGCGGCCGGAGGCGCAGUUCCGCACCUUUAUGCAUGAGCUGCGUCAGGUGGUGGCCGAUAUCGCCGGUAAGGCGCAGCGCAUUGGCGGUAAAUGGUCCGUGGAGGAGAGUGACGUGUUGUCCCGCCUCGUAGACCAUCGUCGCCGGCGCGCCGGCAACGCACUCAACGGCCUGCUUAUUUGGUACGACCACUGGGACCUCUCCCCCAAGGCCGAGCACGUCAGCUACAUGGAGCUCAUUCGCAACAUGGAGCGCGUUAUGCAGCUGGCACGGCUGGUGAGACAGGGAAGCCUUGUCAACACCAACGCAACCUCCACGCUGCGCCUCGUACUGCCUGGGAAGCGCGGCUCCUUCGACACCGAGUAUGCGCCCACAAACAGCAAGGACACCAGUGUUACCGAUAGCCUGCGCAUUCUUGAGAAGCAUUCGGACAAAACGAGGCGCAGCAACCUCGCACGUGUGGUGAAGGAGAGCAAGGCUGUCCCCAGUUGUAAUGCAAUCCAACGCAGUCAGACCUUUGCUAGGAUGGGGUCGUCGCCGCGCCGAAGUGAGAUGGGCACAAUGGCUCUUGGACGCUCUAACACCACCUUCACCCCGCUGCGAAGCGCGACAGGGAGGUUAUCCCAGCGCAGGAUGUCUGCAGAGAAGGGCGCGGGCAGUGCGGAGGGCAAGUUCGGGCGACGUGCGACGGCGCUAGUGGUGCCUGUGUCCGACAAUGAUGUGACCUUUGUGGCAAGCUCGGCGGUGGCGCGAAGCGGCUCUGCCUUUAACUUUGAACGGAACAUGAGCGCGGUGAAUGUGCCCGACGCGGGCCACCCACAACUGGCGGCGAGGGGCACGCGCUUCGCGCGUGCGAAUACGGAGGUGCCGAGCUUCGCCGCCUUGGCGGAGCUGUACAACCCCAAAUCGAGCCCUGCCUCAACGCCGCGGCGCACGGCAAAGGUUGAGGGUGCCGCGUCGAGCCACAAAAAGAAGCCUGCCGCUGCAGCGCCGCCGGGCCGCGCGUUCCAUCGCGCCCGUACCUCAAUAUUCUCCCGCACAAAUACGGCGGGUGUGCCGCAACUAAGCAGCCGCAUCAGUGGGAGACAGUCAUCGGCAGGCACCUCCACGCGCGCCAGCGGUGGAGGCCGCCUGGACUCUCCGAAGCCAUCCAUCCCAGCCUCGGUGUUGCCGAGGCCGUUCUACGACCCGCGCGUGCUGAGCAAUCUGAGGGAGCGAAGCACCAGUGAGGGCAACCAGGCGUCGCCAUCGCAGGAGCAGAAGCGGCGCGCGAAACUCACAAGGAGCAAACUGACGACGGGUUUGACGAUGCCACCGCGCUCCUCCCCGGUGGCCCUCUCGCGGACGCCGAGCGCACUGAAUAGAACAUCGAUGCGCUUUUCAGAGAAGGGGGCGAACACUGUGGGUGAGAGUGUUGCCGCCGAGAGUCCGUUUUCUUUGAAGUCCCAUACGCCACACACCUCAGCACGCAAAUCCUUGGGGCAGCAUUCGCAGCGAGGCCGCCCAGACGUCCCACCGCUGUAUUUAAAGAACCUUUCCAAGUGA